AUGAAUAACGAUAACAUCGAUCAUAGUAAUCCCAUCAACAGAGGGAAGAGUCCACUAGAUAACCUUGUUCAUAUUGCAAGCAAUAUGUCUCACGAUUUCAACCAAAGUAUUCAAUUGCAGAACCAAUCACCAUCACCGAUUCCACUGAACCAACGUCAAUUCUCAAACUCAAAUUCUCCGUCUACUCCAGCAUCGUUUUCAGGAGCAACAACUUCGACCCAGAAAUCUUCAAAAGUGAAGCGAAUGGCAUGUGUGGAAUGUAGGCAACAAAAAUCGCGAUGCGAUGCAUAUGAGAAACAGCCUAAUCCGUGUAGUAGAUGUGCCAAGAAGGGAUUAAAAUGUGAUAUUAAGUCUGACUAUAAGAGAACUUAUAAGAGAGCUCGUAUUGCUCAAAUUGAAAAAGAGUUUCAAGAACUAAAAAGAAGUCUCACAAAUACUCAAGCAGCUGAGUUACUAGCCAAAUUUCCAUCAUUAACUUCUUCAAAACCCCAACCAGCCGAUCCGUCGUCUAACACAACAGAAUUAAAUGUUACAAGAGGUUUGGAACACACAGGUGUUAGUAGCAAUUUAGAUAGAACUCCGAAUCCACCCUCUGCCAACCAGCUUCAACUUCACGAACACGCAAAAACGAACAACAACAACAACAACAACAAUAGCAAUCGUGAUCUAUUUCCAAAGCAACCACAACUUCCACAAUUUCCACAACCUCAACAACAAACCCAACCAUCUCCUUACCAGGCGUAUUCGUAUAACUCUUCGGAAACCAACCCUUCAAUCCCAAAUACUCCAUCCAUUUCGAGACCAGCAUAUCCUUAUAGCAAUGCGUCCAAGCAACAAGCAAGUCGAAGCAAAGUAUCGAUACUGGAAGAAUUGUUAAUAUGUGAAGAAAAAUCGAUAGACAGCAUCACACUCUCGCCAGAAACCAUUCGAAGUCUUUAUUUGGAAUACGUGGACAGAUAUCAUCCAAUUAUGCCAGUAGUUGAUAUAUCAAAGGGACCGGAGCGUAUUUUUAAAUUGUGUCCUCCAUUGUUCUGGGUGAUAAUGUUCGUGUCAUUGAGACGUUUUGAAGGGGACUCUUCCAACACAUUGCUUCUUGAACUAUCCCCAAUUGUGAAGGGAAUAUUAGCGGAAAUUAUGAUUUCACCUAUAACGAGAUACAAUCCGACAGAAGAGGAUGAACCAAUCUUGAAUGUAAGUUCCGUGUACUCAGCUCAAGCGUUUCUAUUGUAUUCCUAUUGGCCUCCAAUCACAUCGUCAUUAAGUGCCGACUCUUCAUACAACACUGUGGCUACAGCAUUUUUCCAAGCAAUCAGAAUUGGUUUACAUUCUCCAACGACGACAGGUUUUACUAGCGAUAGAGGUACGGAUCAAAAAACACCGCAGCAGCUAGCAAUGAUCCACGAGCAAGUCAAAACGUGGAUAGUCUGUAAUAUAGCCUCACAAACUAUUGCAACCGCGUUUGGAUUCCCUGCCUGUACACAAUUUGAUUCGUCUAUUUGGUUUUACAGCCAGCCAGGAAGCAAUGUAACUAUUCCUCGCAACUUAUUAUUUCUGAUGGAAAUAGCCCAUUUCGAGGACCAAAUGUCUAGGUCUUUAAAUUCAAAUCCUUCUGAUCCAUGUGGGUUAAUAGAUGCAAGUGAAAGACUCCCGCUUUUAAAAUUAUUGGGAAAACGAUUAGACUCCUUGGAAAUGACGUUGAAGAAUGAAAUGGUUGCUGAGAAUGAUCGAGAUUUUAGAGUGUUUGAAAUAUUGUCUACUCGUGUGCAUUUGCUUAGUUAUUUUUUUAUGGAUUCAUCCCGAAUUGCGCCAUUUGAGUUGCAAAGGGGAUUGAUAAAAUUGUACAAUGCCGCCAUUGCUCUAGUAGACCACACAAGAGAUUGUCAACUAAGAGAUAAGAAGUUUGUGAAAUAUUUACCAGGUGUUUACUUGCUAAACCUAUGGCAAGCAGGGUGCAUCAUUGGGAAGUUGAUUCAUUCUACGCUUAAGAAGUACAUCGAUGUUGGAUCUGGGAAACAAAGCUAUGAAUCAGUUAUAAAUCUCACAUUUAAGGCGUCGAUAUUAAAACAUGACAUGGCAUAUAGAUCUAGUGGAAUAACGAGGAAUAUGUGGCAACUUUUCCGAACACUUGAUGCUAAGAAACAGAAUCCCUUAAGUAUUGAAAUCAGAAAUAGAAUGUCUGCAUCUGUCUUCUUUGAUUGUCUAAAUUUGUUACGUGAUAAAGUUGGUAUUACGAAGUUGAGCAUGAAGACAGACCAAAGUAUCACAGCAGAAGCGGGCCAGCAAGAUGAUGACGAAGAGGAUGAGGUUGAAGAAGAGGAAGAUGACGACAGAGAUUCUGACAAACAGGCGAUAGAUGAUAGUCCUGGUAAUAAUGAGAAGAGCAAUGGCUCUCAUGGGGAAGAUGUGGAAUCGAGUAAUAUAAGUCUGAAAACAACCCCUGGAAGCACAAAUUCCAGUAGGAUCCGUAAAGCCAGAUCAUUAUCAAAUAAUGCUGAUGCAGAAUCCAAAGCUAGAAGAAUAAUCAGAACAAUUCCAUUGGAUCCAGAACCAAUUGCUAUCGGCAGUUCCAAGAGAAGUUCUAUAUUUAAGGUCGUUAAUUCGUCCGCUGAUUCAUCCCCAAGAGAUGUGCCAGGUGGUUCGCUGAGUAGCAUUGCGACCGCAACAACAUUGGACAAAUCUAAUUUGGGAUCAAUGCAUCCGAUGGCCGGAUCGCCUUCGUCACAAUUACGCGACAUGCAACAACAGAAAUUUGCCCAUGGUAUUGUUCACGAACAGGCGUCACAAGUGGGGUCUAUUCAAUCUAUAAAUACUGCAGCCGAAACAAAUUUACAGCAACAACAGCAACCGCAGCAACAACAAGCAAACGUCAUUUUUAACGAUUCACCUGUUCAAAUAGGUUUAGAAAACUUGGAUAUGGAAAACCUUGACAACGAUGUUCUUUGGAAAGACGUUGGAGAUCUUAUGAAUGAUUUUGGUUUUCAUGCCUUUUAG